AUGGAGGCGCAGGGCUGCCUCUCCUUCUGCCCCAGCGCACCCCCGCCACCGCCCGCAGGCAAAGCCCCCCCAGCUCCAGGCCUGCAGCGGCGCACCUUCCAGGGCACCCAGAAGCUACCGACCCCCCCUCAGCAUCACCCGCUUCCCCCGCAGCCGUUGCGGCUCAGCCCCAGGCCGGGCCGCUACCCGGACACGGACCCUCCAGCCCAGGAGAAAGCGGCCCACAAAUACCUGGAGUCCCCCAGCCCGAGCCACCAGGCGCUGUCUGUCAACGGGAAGGCUUUCUACCAGGCCGUGGCCGAAGCUGGAGCAAAAAGCGCCAAAGGGCAGGGGUACCACCCCGUGCCCACAGACUGCAGAGCCCAGCUGGAAGAAGCCCCUGAUCUCAGCUGCUCCCCAGCUGCUUCUCUGGGCAGUUUGAGGGAGCACAUCUCCCCUGAGCUCACUGACGCCAUGGAGCUAUCCAAGAACAAGAACAAGAAGAGGAGGAACAGGACGACCUUCAGCACCUUCCAACUGGAAGAGCUGGAGAAGGUCUUCCAGAAAACCCAUUACCCCGAUGUGUAUGCCAGGGAGCAGCUGGCACUGAGGACAGACCUAACAGAAGCCAGGGUCCAGGUUUGGUUCCAGAACCGGAGAGCAAAGUGGCGGAAACGGGAACGUUAUGGGAAAAUCCAGGAGGCGAGAAAUCCCUUCGCAGCCACCUACGACAUCUCUGCCCUGCCCAGGGCUGAAAACUACCCUCAGCUGCAGAAUAACCUGUGGCCGAGCGCCGGAUCGGGGAGCCCUGCAGGCCCCUGCCUCAUGCCCCCUGAGAGCAUCCCUUCCCCCUGCGUGUCUCCAUACCCGCAUGCCCAUGGGAACAUUGCCGGAUUCAUGGGCAUCCCUGGUUCUCCCAACCAACACCCCGGGAUCAACAACCUGUACUCCAUCCACGGCUUCCCCCCUUCCCUCGGCAGCCACGGCUUUGAGCCCCCACCGGACAACGACUACAAGUCCCCGGGCCUGGUCACGCUGAGAGUGAAAUCCAAAGAGCCUGCCAGCCUGCUUAACUGGACCACGUGAUCACCCUGGAAGGAGC